AUGGGGAAAUUGGAUGGUAAAGUAGCUCUGAUCACUGGUGGUUCUGAAGGCAUUGGUUUUGCAACGGCUCUGCGUUUCAUUAUCGAAGGUGCCGAACAUGUUUUUAUCACUGGACGACGACAAGAAAAACUCGAUGAAGCUGUGAAGAAAAUCGGUGCAGUCAAUAUUACCGCUGUACAAGGCGAUGUCUCGAAUAUGACCGAUUUGGACAAAUUAAUCGACAUCAUUAAACAAGAAAAGGGUCGCUUGGAUAUUAUUUUCGCUAAUGCAGCAAGUUGCACAUUAGCCAUGUUCGGCGAAAUUACGGAAAAACAUUUCGACGAUACAUUCAACGUUAAUGUCAAAGGUCUUCUAUUCACAGUUCAAAAAGCGUUGCCUCUUUUAGUUGAUGGUGCCUCGAUUAUUCUCAAUGGAUCGAAUUCUUCGAUCAAAGCAGAUCCAGCGAUGAGUGUGUAUUGCGCAACAAAGGCUGCUAUUCGUGCUUUUGCCCGUUGUUGGAUUCUUGAUCUGAAAAAGCGCAAUAUUCGAGUGAAUACGUUGAGUCCCGGUGCAAUUGAUACCCCUCUAUUGAGAAGUAUUGGUGCUACUGAAAAAGAAGUUGAAGCGAAUUAUGCUACUUGGCAAGCAGCGACACCGAUGAAUCGAAUUGGCACACCUGAUGAAAUCGCCAAAGUUGUUGUAUUUCUCGCAUCCGAUGAUAGCAGCUUUGUGACUGGCGUUGAACUUUUUGUCGAUGGAGGAUAUUCACAAAUCUAA